AUGAGGUUUGAGCUUCUUCGGCUGGUCUGCUUCCUGAUGGAGCCUUCAGCUGCAUGCUCUGCAUGCUCUUGCCUUCGCCGGUGGUGGUUUCCACAGCCGCCCUCCAUCCAGGAGAAGGGCCUCAACUCCAAGGAAGAAGAGGAGGAAGGGGAAGGUGAAGGCAACACUCUGCAAAGCUUGCCAUCAGCAGCUGGUCUCACUUGGACGGAGAAAUACUUGGCCAGGCGAGGGCGGCACGGAGUGGCAGACUGGGACUGGCAUGGGUACCUCGGCACUCCGUUCAGCGAGGGCGAGGGCCUGAAGGAUGUUACAGACGAGAUUGAGGACGACGCCCAGCUCGAGGGAACUCGCAACGAGCAGCAGGAGCAGCAGCCUGAGCCCGAGCAGCCCAAACCGAGCGAGGAUAAUGCCAGAGAGGUGGGGUUCGACUUAGACACGGAAGCGAAAGCCAUGCCACAGGAGGAAGAUGACAAGAAGCAAGAUGAGGAAAAGGAAAAUGAGGAGGAGCAGGACCUGGAUCGUCAACAAGGUGAUGUGGACCUUUCGAAGGGUGGCAUGCUCGAUGAGAAGUUAUGGAACGGAGAGGACGAGGACGACAAGGAAGACGACAAAGAUGGUGAUGAGCCUGAGGAGAAGGAGAAGGGACCCCAAGAGGACAUUGAGGCUCAUGGAGCGCAGGGCGAGGGCGAAGCAGACACAACUGCGAAGGACGAGAACGACAGCAAGUCAAAGAAGCAGCCGCCUCUGGAGGAGCAAAGGGACGACAAGGCCGAUGCCAAGGAGGCACCGGAACAGGAUCCGCAGGAACCCGAGAAGACGGAGUUCGAAGACAAGGACGCGCAGUUUGACGUCCAAAUGCCCCAAGGGAACGACGGCGCAGACGGGGAAGGUGAAGGCGAAGGUGAAGGUGAGGGAGAAGGGCAGGGCGAAGGAGAAGGAGAUGCCGACUCAGACUUCAUCAAGUCCGACAUCGACAUGGACGGAGAUGGGGAAGGUGGUGACGACGGCGAAGGAUCAGAAGGAAGCAAGUGUGAAGAGGAGCGCGGUGUAGAAGUUGUCAACUGGUGGAGCGGGAAACGCACGCGCAGAGACCCAGACGCAUACACCCUGUCUGUCAGUUGGAUGCAUGCAGUCGUACCUACACACGAACGCGCAUACAUCUACGAACGUGCCUGCAGGCAUACAUACACAAAUCGUACUUCGGCUUUUGACAUUGAAAGGAGAUUGGUGACUUGGAUGCUGCUGAUCCCGGAGUCAGCUGCCCAGCGUGUAUUCGUAUGGAUGCUGCCGCAGGAUGCAGGAGCUUGGCAUAUUCUGCGUGCAAGGUCCCUGAAGAGAAGCUUCCAGACGAUGCCGGCGCAGAAGAGUUUUCAACUCAACCUGCCGAACCAGAUUGUGUUCCACGCUGCUAUUUGCUAG